AUGCACCCGCAGUCGUCGCGGUAUAGUUCGUUAGCCCGUCCGUCGGAGCCAAUACGAGGCAGCGCGGUUCCAGCGGUACCGCAGUCCCUAGCGAAAGCGCCGCGGCCGUCGCAUUCCGCCAGGCGGAGCGUAUUCCCGGCGUUGACCCGUCGACGGCUCACUACCAGAAGAACGCCAGCUAGCAGCACCAGGCUCCAGGUGGUCGCUGUCGGUUCCGCCGUCUCCGCCGACGUCGCAAACGGCGCUGUCCGCGACGCGCAACCGAGGAGCGCGUUACCCGCGUCGGCGUGGGCGGCGGUGACGGAUGAGGUGGCGGUGGGGUCGCUGGCCGUCAGCAGCAGCGCCGCCGCCGUGGCUGCGCUCGCGAGGGACGCGCGCAUCACCGCCGUUGUCGUUCUCGAGGAGGAGGGGAGCUAUGGCGCGCGGGGCACGGGGUGGGAGGAGGAGAAGCGGGCGCUGCAGGACGCGGGGCUGGUGGCCGUGUGGGUGCCCAUUCGCGAAACCGACUCCGCGGAGCAGGCAGCCAUGCUACCGCAGGCAGUGCGCGUGGUGGCAGCCCUGGCCGCCAUGGGCCACAGGGUGCUGCUGCGCUGCCCCUCAGCUGCCCGCCUCUCCCCCCUCAUCGCCCUCGGGUAUCUGGUGCUGGCCAAGGGCAUGCCAGUGAGCGCAGCACUGGCGGUGGUGAAGGAGAGCAAGCCCAACGCCGACCCGCCUGUCAACGUGCUCAUGGAGGCGCGCGAGAGGCUGCUUGCGGGAAUGACGUCGCGGGUGAUAACGAUCGCCGAGGCCAUCUACCACACGCGGUGCACCACGGGGCAGCACGGCGACUCCCAGUCCGACUGGGCCCAAGCGCAAGAGCAGUGCUCGCGGGAGCUCUUUGACAAGUGGCUCCUCGCUGACGUCAGCUUUGCCCGCUCUGUUGCUCAGUCUGCGGAGCACCAAGUGAGGAGCAAGGCACAAGAGGCGGAUGUAGCAGCAGCAGCAUUGGCGGAGCGAGCAGCAGAGGAGGAGCAGGGCGAGCGUGCGGCAGACCCCCUGAAGGGCCUUUUUGACCCGGCUUCCUGGUUACCGAAGCCAGAUCCAGACCAGCGCAGCAACGGCGCCAGCAACGCCAGUGACAGCAGCAGCAGCAGCAGCAGCAGCAUCAGCGGUGAUUCAAGCAACGGUGGCAGCAGUGCCAUAAGCAACGGUUAUGAUGUUACCACGGGCACGGAACUUCCCUCUCUCGCGCCGGAUGCCCCUCCUGAGCUCCAGGAAGCGAAUGCCAGGGUGGAAUCCCUCUCCGCCCAGCUGGCGGAGGCACGUGAGUGGCUUGCUGAGCUGGAGGCGUCCAGCAGCCAGGUCCUCGCUGACGUGGCGUCACGGACGGCUGAGAUCGAAGCGCUGAAACGCAGAGAGGCCCUCUGGGAGGAGGAGUUAGAGGCAGCUAAGGUGAAAGAGACAGCCAUGCGGGAGCAGCUGAGAGUGAAGCAGACAGGGGGAGUGCAGCAAGUGCGCGUGUUGGGAGAGGUGGAGGAGGAAAUUUCAGCUCUGAAAUUGAAGGUGGCAGAGGGAGAGGAGAGGAACGCUGAGGUGGAGAAGGAAAUUGGGGAGCUUCGGGCACAGGUUGACGAGGCAAAGGGGCAGCUUAGGAAUGAACGAGCAGUGGCAGAGGAGGCAGAGGAGAGAGUAGCAGCGGCGAACGAGAAAGUGCGGGAGGAGGUUGAGCGGGCAGCACGGGCGCGGGCGGCGGCGUGGACGGCAGCGCAGGAGCGGAGGGCAGUGGUGCAGGAGCUGGCGGUGGUGCGGACGGGGCGGAAGGAGGCGGCGGCGAGGGCGGCAGCGGAGAGAAUAGAGGAGCUGCAGGUGCAGGCGGGGCUGCUGGCAGAGCGCGUGAAGCAGGCUGAGGUGGUUAGCACCGAGGCUGACAGCCGUGCCGGGGCGUUGGAGGCACAGAUGGCAGUGCUGGUGUCACGCACGGCAGCAGCACAGCAGAGAGCGAGUGCAGCAGCGGCGCGAGUGACCUUCCUGAGUGGGCGCUUCAACUCGCUUGAGAUGACGGCUGCUGAGGCCGCUCGCAGGGCGGAGCGGGUGGAGAGCGAGGUGGUUCACCUGCGGGGGCGGGACGCCGACGCUGCUGCUGCUGUUGCUGCCAAUGCUGAGGCUAUCAGCCGCUUGUCGCUGGAGGCAAUGCAUCUCAAGGACAGCGAGGCGGCCCAAGCCCAGCGGGAAGCAGCCCUGUCAGUGCACCUGCCGGCGGCACAGCAGCAGGGCGAGGAGCUGCGGGCGCAGGCCGCCGCCUUCUCCGUCCAGCUGGCAGCCAUGGCGCGCCACGUCACCCGGCUCAAAGCUGAGCUGGAUUGGGUGGACGCGCACGGGCGGCGGCGCGAGGCCCUCUCAGCACUUUCGGAGGAGCAUGGCACAGACGGAGAAGAAGCAGGGCGGAGCUGGAGCCUCUCUUUGGAUACGGACGCCUCUUCCCUCGCCACUCUCAGCCCUCUGGGCCCUCUCAAUCCCCUCGCGGCGCUGGCGCCACUGGCAGCGGUGGCGGAUGCGGCACAGAGCGUGGCGAGUUCAGUGGGGGUGGAGGUGGGAGGUGGAGGGGGCGGGGGUGCGGAGGGGAAUGAGGAGUGGGUGCGGCGGGAGGUGGGCGUGCAGGGCGCAGCGGUGGCAGCGGAGGGUGAGCUGGAGGGGCAGAUGGAGGGCGUGGAGGACCCUCUGGAGCUGCUCAAGGUGUUAAUGGACCGGGUGUCGGAGGAGGCAUCAGCCAUCACGCAGCGCAGCGCGCACCUGGUGUCGGAGGCGCAGCAGCUGAGGGAGGAGCUGGACGCACAGCUGGCAGAGCAGGACGCCGCCUGCCAGGUGGACGGGCGCCCGCUGAGGGAGGUGGUGGCGGGGGUGGAGCAGCAGGCGCAGCAGCAGCAGGAGGAGCUGCUGCAGCAGGCGGGCGCGCUGCAGUGGGCGCUGGGGGGGUCCCUGGCGCUGGCUGUGGUGGCGCCGCUGGCCAUUUACAACAGCUACUUCUCUGAGACUGCCCGAUCCAACCAGAUCAACACGCUCUCUGCACAGCUGGAUGCAGCCACACAGGCCAGCAGGGCACUGGAGCAGGUAGCAGGGGAGACCGAGGCAGAGAGCGUAGAGGCAAUGGAGAGGUUACACGCCAUGGAAGCAGAGGUGGAGGCCCAGCGCGCCGCCGUUACGCGGUUACAAUCGCUCGUGCCCCUCGUGGCUCCCUCGGUGGAGUCUGACGAGGCUGCCCGGUUCUGCCAGAACGUGCCGCAGGAGUUCCAGUCACCGAUCACGGAGCAGAUUUGUGACGGGCUGAGGCAGAGUGGCAGGGUGGAGGCCAAGAGGGUUGAUGGUCCGUCGGGUGGCAGUGGGGCGGCACAAGGAGGGCGGUUUGGGUUCAACAACCCUUUCAAUCUUGGCUGGAAGCGGUGGUGA